UGAGCGGCCUCCUCCUGCUACGCGCCGCUCUCCCGGGCGCCGCCGCCGUCCGCCGCCUCCGCACCGCCGCGCCGCGGCCCGCCUUCGCCAAGGAGCUCUUCCUGGGGACGCUGCGGAAGGAAGAAGUUUUCCCUUAUCCAGAAAUUAGCAAUGAAGAACUAGAGGAGAUCAACCAGUUUGUAGGACCUGUAGAAAAAUUCUUCAAUGAAGAAGUGGACUCUAAGAAGAUUGAUCAAGAUGCAAAAAUCCCGCCUGAAACUUUAAAAGGACUGAAGGACUUAGGUCUCUUUGGCAUGCAGAUUCCAGAGGAAUAUGGUGGUCUUGGUCUAUCAAAUACCAUGUAUGCACGUUUGGGAGAAAUCACUUCUUCAGAUGGAUCUAUCGCAGUUACUCUGGCAGCUCAUCAAGCUAUUGGGCUUAAGGGAAUCCUCAUUGCUGGCACUGAUGAACAGAAAGCAAAGUACCUGCCUAGACUGGCAUCUGGGGAGCACAUUGCAGCUUUUUGUCUCACUGAGCCUGGAAGUGGAAGUGAUGCUGCGUCCAUCCAGACAAGAGCAACCCUCAGUGAAGAUGGGAAAUACUUCUUAUUAAAUGGCUCCAAGGUUUGGAUAUCAAACGGUGGCCUUGCUAGUAUUUUCACAGUAUUUGCUAGGACAGAGGUUGUUGAUAAAGAUGGACAACUAAAAGACAAAAUUACCGCUUUCAUCGUAGAGCGGGAUUUUGGUGGAGUCACGCAUGGGAAACCUGAGGAUAAGUUAGGCAUUCGAGGAUCCAAUACCUGUGAAGUACAUUUUGAAAACACAAAAGUGCCUAUAGAGAAUGUAAUUGGAGAAGUAGGAGGGGGAUUUAAGGUUGCCAUGAAUAUCCUAAACAGUGGAAGAUUUAGCAUGGGCAGUGCAUCUGCUGGAAUGAUUAAAAAAUUGAUAGAAAUGACAGCAGAGUAUGCUUGUACCAGGAAACAAUUCGAUAAGAAACUGAGCGAAUUUGGAUUAAUUCAGGAGAAGUUUUGUUUUAUGGCUGUGAAAGCAUAUGUAAUGGAGAGUAUGGCUUACCUCACUGCAGGAAUGAUGGACAGGCCAGGGUUUCCUGACUGCUCUGUGGAGGCAGCCAUGGUCAAGGUGUUCAGUUCUGAAGGUGCAUGGGCUUGCGUAAGUGAAGCACUGCAAAUUCUUGGAGGCCUUGGCUAUAUGAAAGAUUACCCCUAUGAACGCUAUCUCAGAGAUACCAGGAUACUUCUGAUUUUUGAGGGAACAAAUGAAAUUCUGCGAAUGUAUAUUGCUUUGACGGGUAUGCAAUAUGCAGGCAAAAUCUUAACUGACAAAAUUAAAGAAAUCAAGAAAGGAAAUGUGGGAGUGGCACUGGGAGAGUUUCUAAGCAAAUUACGGGACAUCAUGGGCAGAAAAGUGGAUUAUGGGCUAGUUGGUGACCGUGGAGUGGUGCACCCCAGCCUCCAGGAAAGUGGCAAGAAACUUGAAGAAAACAUUUAUUAUUUUGGAGCUACAGUGAGAGGCCUGCUAAGUAGGUUUGGCAAGACAAUAGUGGAAGAGCAGUUGGUUCUGAAGAGAGUGGCAGAUAUAGUUAUUAAUUUAUAUGCAAUGACAGCAGCUAUUUCCAGAGCUAGCCGGUCUAUCAGUAUCGGUCUAAGAAACCACGACCAUGAAGUGCUUCUUACAAAUAUCUUCUGCACGGAAGCGUAUUUCAAGAAUAAUUAUGCCAUGACUCAAUUAGAAAAAUAUGCAGAUGAAAAUCUGGAUGACUCUAUUAAAAAAGCUGCAAAGCAGGUACUGGAAAAGAGAGCUUACACCUGUUCUCAUCCACUCGACCGGACGUUCUAAUUACUUCCCUGACAGCAAAUACUGAUGAAUGUAAAUCACGGACUAAUUUUCUGCAGUUCAAGUAUUUAAAAAUAACUGUUUCAUGAGUUUACCAAAUGUAAUUAGCUGUAACUGUGUAAAAUAAAACCUCUAAACACAACUUCAUAUGAAGAGGAUAAAUAAAUAAAUUUUAUUUAAAUCUCAA